AUAAGAUAAAAACCCUAUACAACAAUAAUACUUCACAAGAUCAUUAAUGUUAUUGUCAGUUAGCUUUUUGAGGCCAAACAAAAACAAAGAUAUAAUACAUUUUCAAGAAAAAAUGGGAAUACGAUUUGAAAUUUUAUUCGAGGAAAACCCGAAUGGAAUGUAUUUUACGGGUCAAAUUGUCAAAGGUCGGGCAAUAGUUUACGUUGAUGAGCAAAUUCCUUUUAAAGGGAUUCAGUUGCGAGUACGAGGAUAUGCAAAAGUUAGAUGGGAUGAAGGUUCUGGAAAAUCAUCAGACGUACAUUUUGAUCAAGAGAAAUACUUUGAUUCUGUAACAGAGUGCAUUGAUACAAAAGGUCUUGAGCAAACUCUAAGCCCCGGGAUAUAUGCAUACGAUUUUCAAUGUGUCAUACCUUCUGAAUGUCCUUCAUCAUUUGAAGGUCUUUACGGUCGCAUACGUUACGACACAAAAAUAAUUGUGGUUCGUCCCCGUGCAUUUAACAAAUCUUAUUCAAUGGGAUUCACCGUACUUAAAAUUUUUGAUCUAAAUCCACUUACCAUAUUAAGAAUCCCGGCAAAAUUGGAAGAGUUCAAACAUUUCUGUUGCGGUCCAUGUAAAUCAAGACCUCUGGUCAUUUCCCUAGAAAUCCAAAGACAGAGCUUCGUUCCCGGAGAAUUAAUCGAAUUUAAAGCAAAAUUGGUCAAUAACAGUAGCACAACAGUGGAACAAGUACGUGUAACAUUAAACCUAGUUGCUUUGUAUUCAGUAAGAACACGUAUCAAAACAAAAACUGAAAAAAUUGCUAUUGCUAAAAAAAAAUAUGGAGCAUUUAAUAAAAACACACUUUUUGAAUUCAAUGAGAAACUUCAAGUACCACCAACUCCUCCAACUUGCAUUGGACUAUGUCCAAUUAUUAAAUUAACGUACGAAGUUGCUGUAACUGCUGGUGUAAAAGGAGCACACUUAAAUCCAUUUGUUGCUAUACCAGUGACAAUUGGUAAUAUUCCCUAUGUUGGCAAUGCAAAAGAUUUAUUUGAACCUAAUUUAAUGGCAAGUAAUUUGAAUAAUGAUAUUGCACCGAUACCACCCACCAAUGAGGAAUUUCCUCCACCAUCUUAUGAAGAAGCAACAUUUGUACUUACGACUUACGAUCCUAAGGACAGUAAUGUAAGCGAUAAGACUGUAGAAAAGUUUAUUCCAAGGUAUCAUUUUCAUGGGAAUAUGCCUCAUAUUGAUACUGAAAAUACAAACGAAGAUAUUAAAGAAUAAUAACAUUAAAUCAAAUAAUGUUUUCAAUUAAAUUUUAUAAUGAUUUAUUUAUAAAAAAAAAUAUAUAGCUUUGAUGCACACAAUUUGUAAAUAUGAAAUAAAAUGUAAAGUAAUAUUAUGAAAUGUAGAUAUACAAAAGUCACUUUGAAGGAUUGUGUAUUCAAUAGCCAAAAAGUCCUUGAAAAGGACUUAAAAACCAAAACUGCAAUAAAAAUUGCUUUUUAUAUUUUGUCUACUUGUA